UGCUUCCUCCGUUAACUUCCCACACCUUCGUUGCUAAUGCUGCCUGCAGUCCGCAGCUCCUUUCCACCGCGAUAAUGUCACACUGUUGCAUAAAUGGUUGCAAUAACCGUUACAAACCGGGAACAAGAAUCAAUUUCUACAGAAUUCCCAACGGGACACGUCAGUUUCAUAUCGACAGGAAGCGUUUAUGGAUAGAGGCGAUUGAACGAGCCAAUGGGAGCAGCGAGGGAAUUACUUCAGCGGAUCGCAUCUGUGGCGCUCAUUUCAUCACAGGCUUCUACGGAUCCAGAAAGGCCUAAUUUCGUUCCAACCUUGUUUGCAUGCACCAAACUACGUCAGAGUAAAAGGCUUUCAAAGGGAACCAAAACAACAACAAUAAGAGGGUGUGCAAAGACCAGAAGCCAGGCUAUUUUGCCAGAGGAUUCAGUCACAAAAAGAAACCCAACUACACUGAAAGAGCAUGCAAAGGCUGCAAAUCCAACUACAUCGAAAGAGCAUGCAAGGGCAAACACAUCAACAGUGGCAGAAAAUCCAGUGACCAAAAACACUCCAACCGUAAAAGAGGAUGCAGGAACAGAAAACAAGCCUUCCCUGAUAGAAGAUGAAGAGAUGCAAAUAUCGCCAACCCAACCUGCAUCUGAGUCUCCUUUGAACCAUCAGUCUUUUACCGUGAUGGAAAUUGGAGAUGAACUUGUACCUGAAGUGCAGUCUUCAUUGUCCACAUCGGCAUCAAAGGAAGAAGAAGCAGAAGACAAGAAGAUCUACAAUGAAGACCAAACUGCACCUAAAAAAAUCAAACUUGAGAACAAAUACAUCCUAAAAAUACCUCCUCACUACAGAGACAUCUUAAAACUAGAUCGAAAACCUGUUGUUCUCCUAAAGCCCUUGGUUCCUCCACAAGAUGUCUCUCAGGCGGAUCUGAACGAUCAGACAUUGACUGAAGCAUCAGAGAAAGAGUGUGAAGAAGGAAACAUGUGUCAGACAGGUUUAACUGAGUCCUCUUUAGUAACCAAGGAUCAUUCAUCCUUUCCAUGUAACAUGUGUGAUCGAACUUUUAGUACAAGUCACUACCUGAAGCGCCACAAACUGCUUCACGUUCGAGAUGUGAGGAAGUGCCUCAGGUGCGGCGCUCUCUUCUGCCGCCGCCACAACCACGUUUUGUUCCAGACACGAUCAGAGCCUCUACCAGUGUCUGAGGAGAGUUCCUCCAGCAGUGAGGAUGAAUCUUUAAACAGUGAUUCAAACACAGAAAACGGACAAACAAGUGAAACAACAGAAACGGCUAAUAAGACUUUGACUAUACAGACUAAUGCACCUCCAAGCAGUCCUGCUUUCACAAACUCACCUGUACUGACAAUUUCUCCUCUGACAAACACCAGAAAACCUCUGCUGGAGUCAGUAAAGCCUGCUGCUGUGCCCCGUCCACCCUCUCCGAUCUUCAAAGUCCCAAAUAACCAAGCAACCGUGUUUCAGAUCAAACCGCUCCGGUUGGGUCCCUCACCUUCUUUGAUGCAACCAAAUGUCCAACAACCGCAACUCCCAUCUUCACUGAAGGUCUUUUCGAGUGAACACCUCACCUCAGCUCUGCUUGAUGUUCAGAGAAAUUACGAAUACAUUUUAGGAAAGUCUAAAACGGAAGUCCAAGUCAAGGAGGAGCCAGAGGAUCCAAGUCAGAUCUGCCCUGUUGAGGAGCCUGUCACUCGUGUCAAAUUGGAGAAAAUUGCGUAUGACCUGGAGAUGGUAAUUUGACCUAAAGCUGCUAAAAGAACCUACUCUGGGUGAUCAUUUAUUGCCCAAUAUAAAUGUAUGCUAAUUUGCAUAUCUUUACAUAUUUUUGAUACGGAUCUGCUUUUUUAUGUAUUACACUUCACUGAACAAAUAGGCAUUCUGUCUUAGUUUUUUUUUUUAAUUUGUAGCAUCAUAUUCAUCCAGUUUUCUGCACACAGCUAACAUUAGCAACAGUGUUUUGUUUUAUAUACAGGAGAUUCUCAUUUCAUUCUUCUAUCUACCUCAGCUAGCUGUUCACAAGUAGAAAUUGCGUGUUUUACUGCAGAUCUGAGCUGCUUUUGGACAUAAGUACAAACAUGCCUAUUCUCUAGUAUUAAGCUUGUAUUCAGAUGCAUGUGUUCCUUCCAGCAAAUGUCUUUAAGAUCAGUUGUAAACUUCUUCUUUACCUUUUACAGCAAUAAAGCAAACUUUGUGCAUUUUGGCUCUGACUGAAUUCUACAUAUAAAAAAAAACUGCUUCAUUGCCCUUGAUUUGUUUUUUUGUUGUAAAUAAUGCUUCCCUGUAUAGAACAUAACACAUCAAUCAUCUUAAUUAAUCAUCUCAUUAAUGUGUUUCAUGGAGUUUUCCAGAUUUUUUUUUCCUUGGCAAGGAAAGGGCUGCACAGUGGGUAGCACUGCUGCCUUGCAGCAGGAAGGUUCCGGGUUCAAUUUCCGGCCUGGGGUUUUCUGCAUGGACUUUGCAUGUUCUCCCUGUGCAUGUGUAGGUUCUCUCUGGGUACUCCGACCUCCUCCGUCAGUCCAAAAAAUGACUGUUGUGACUCCUGAGGUUUAAGUUUGUGUGUGAAUAGUUGUUCAUCUCUCUGUUGCAAUAGACUUGCAACCUGUCCAGGGUGUACCCGCCUUGACAGCUAGAGAUAGGCACCAGUGACCCCAGCCAGGAUAGGCGUGACAAAAAAUUGAUCAAUGCUUCUAGAAGUUGAGUUAAAUGCAAAGUCAAUUUUUUUUUUCUAA